AUGUCUUCCGGACGCACCUCCUCCACCAUGCAAAUGUCCACCACCACCUCCAACUACGACAUCCACGCCCACCUCACCCCCCGCACCCGCAACAACCCAAACCCGCAACUAACCCUAACCUUCGUCGAAUCCGGCUACGUCGACAACGCAAGCUACCUCGCCAUCCAGCGCGCACUGUCCAACGACGACCGCCGCACCCUCGCCCCCUACAAGCUCACCUUCACCGACGCCCCGCCCAUCCGCGCCACGCCGACCCCCACCCUCAUCGGCACAUUUCCCGCCCUGGAGCGCAGCAUGGACGAAGUCCAGGCCCAGGCGCGCAUGCUCUACGAGCGCGCGAAGAAGCAGGGACGUCUGCGUGAGCUUGCGGGGCGCGGAGAGGAGGAGAAGCUAGGCGCGCUGUUUGAUAAGGUGCGGCGGGAGAAUAGGGUUAUGGACGAGGGGGACUAUGGUGUUAUUGUUUCGCGGCUGGUGGAGAUGGGGUUCCUUGCGAAUCAUUCCGUGGCUUCAGGGCGUGAAGCGACCGAGGGUCUGGCGCGCCAGUUGAAGGCGGUUGUUGAGUCCAUGGCGGUUUUUGAUGAGCGCUUGCUUGAUAUGGGGGGGUUCCAUGUUCCGGCUUUCCGCAUGGGGAACGGGGAAGGGGAUCAUCCUAUGGAGAUUUAA